GGUAGACGAUGACAUCACGGCCGCCUGUAGGGUGACACAUAGUGGAGAAACCUGGCAAUUACAAGAAAGUUCAGGAAUGUGCUGGAGUUCGCGGACUCACAAUAUAAAGCGUGAGCCCUGAGAGUCGAGGCAGAAGCAAGCAGAGCUGACGCUGAGCAAACUCCCAGAGCUAAGUAGAGACGACACUGAAGAUGCUGUGCUCCCACGUGUUCCAGCCUUCCUUCGGACCACUGAUGGAGUUCCACUGGCCGAUACGCAGCAUCUGGCCACACAUGGGACCUCUGGCACUUCAACGUGACAUGCUGCUAAAGAGCAUGCAGGAUAUGAGCACCAGCAUGGGUCUCCUGGAGAAAGUUCAUGAGCAGAUCCUGCAGGAGAUGGAUAAAGUGCCGUGCUCUUUGUCCACCAAACCGCUCUCCUGCCAGAUGGAGAAAGAUGGAGACAACUUUGCCCUGACCCUGGACACUAAGGACUUCUCCCCAGAGGAGUUGUCCAUCAAGCAGGUGGACAGGAAGCUGAUGGUGAGCGGUAAGACAGAGAAGAAACAGGACGACGGAAAGGGCUCGUACUCUUACCGACGCCAGGAGUUCAGACAAGUCGUCCAGCUGCCGGAGGAUGUGAACCCCACUGCUGUCACCUGUUCGCUUUCCGACGGACAACUUCAGAUCCGGGCACCGAGACUGGCGCUGCCUGAGGUGAGCGAAAGAACGCUGCCAAUCAACAGCACCCCGGCUGUGAUGACCUCGGCGUCUCAGAGUGAAGCCAACUCCCCCAACGAGGCCCGAGUGGACUGAACACUGGACUGAUAUUGACCUGCGCACAUUAAUUUUUAUUGUUAAAUUGUUCAAGGGAAAUAAUUUUAGCUUGUAUCUUUCUGAAGCUGGUUUUAUAUGCUGUAAAUACAUUUUGGACUUUUGUCAUGAAAAAUUUUGCUAGCAUAAAUAAAUGUAAAAAAAUAAGAAGUGAAUGACUGAUUUCCAAUUCUCCUUGAGUGUUUCUUUGUCAUUUACAAUCUUUGUUUGACAUAUCUUAGUCAUCUAAAAAAUGCAAUGUUUUGGAGCUGAGUAAUAAAUCUUUUGCAUUGAAAAUACUGUGGAUAUGCUCCUACCCGCCCUCUCCCCCCCCCUACUA